GGUAAUACCACCAGCGUGUGUGUGUGUGUGUGUGUGUGUGUGAGAGAGUGUGAGAGUGUGUGUGUGUGUGUGUGUGACGUCACCAUCGCUUGCAACAAAACUCAGAGGGUGGAGAACAAGUCCCUCAGUCAUCGACUAAACUACGUAGUGAGCACGGGAUUAACACACGCUAACUGUGAUACAAGACACGCUUAAGUGAACACUGGAGGCCAGGCGAGGAUGAACAAGUACCUGGAGAUGUGUUUGGUGGCGCUGAUGGGGAUGGGACCCACGGCCAUUGUGAUCAUGCUAGUCAAUCACUAUGGACCCUUGGCUGUGGCCUGUUCCCUCAUCUUCGGUGGUGCCUACCUUACACUCGUGGUGCUGGGACUAACACUCCACAAGUGUGUAACCUCACACAACACUCACGAAGACCAUGAACAACACCAGAGGGAACACGACUGCCCACCUCCGUAUGAGGUGGUAAUGGCCAAGCCUCCACCUUACUCCGUGUUGUACGCCAACACGACGACCUUGGAGCACGCCACACUGGCUGACUCACGCACUCACUGCCUCUCCAGUGAGUCUUGCUGCCAAAACAAGAGUGUAAUGGAGGGCUACAGCUGGACUCUGAGGGAGUGUGAGCCCAACCCGCCCUCUUAUAUUGAGGCUGUCACACCCGCCCCUUCCUGUCGCCAUUCCUUCAAUAUUCCUCCUGAUGAGUCUGCCAGGCACUCUGUCAGUGGAACAACGUCACUAGGUCACUCUGUCAGUGGAACAACGUCACUAGGUCACUCUGUCAGUGAAACAACGUCACUAGGUCACCCUGUCAGUGGAACAACGUCACUAGGUCACUCUGUCAGUGGAACAACGUCACUAGGUCACUCUGUCAGUGGAACAACGUCACUAGGUCACCCUGCCAGUGGAACAACGUCACUAGGUCACCCUGCCAGUGGAACAACGCCACUAGGUCACUCUGCCAGUGGAACAACGUCACUAGGUCACUCUGCUAUUGAAAGAAUGGCUAGUAGCAACUUUAUUAGUGAAAAAACAGCAGCAGGUAGGAAUUAUAAUGAAUUAGCACAAAAUUCGUUUGUUAGUGUCCCUGAGACACUCAGUGCGCCUGACACACUCAGUGUCCCUGAGAGUGCCACCGUCCCAGCGACCCUGAGUGUCCCUGAGGCCGCCACCGUCCCAGCGAUCCAGAGCGUCCCUAAGAGUGCCACCGCCCCAGCGACCCAGGGCAUCCUUGAGAGUGCCACCAUCCCAGCGACCCUGAGUGUCACUGAGGCUGCCAUUGUCUCAGUGACCCAGGGCGUCCCUGAGAGUGCCACCGUCCCAGCGACCCAGAACGUCCCUGAGAAUGCCACCGUUCCAGCCACCGUGAGCGUCCCUGAGGCCGCCACCAUUCCAGCGACCCAGACCGUCCCUGACAGUGGCACCGUCCCAGCGACCCAGAGCGUCCCUGAGAGUGCCACCGUUCCAGCCACCCUGAGCGUCCCUGAGGCCCCCACCGUUCCAGCGACCGUCAACCCACCAGCUAGAGAAGACACUCAGUGGCCCACAUAAACACCACUGAGUCAUAGAUGCGCAGAACUUAUUUUAUCGUGUGAUGACGGAAUAUGUUCAUGACUGAACCUCAUGUGUCCACGUUAGACACCGUCUACUCACGUUAGACAUCGUCUACCCUUGUGAGACAUCGUCUACUAACGUGAGACAUCGUCUGCUCACGUGAGACAUCGCCUACUCACGUGAGAAAUCGUCUAAUCACGUGAAACAUCGUCUGCUCACGUGAGACAUCGCCUACUCACAUGAGACAUCGUCUAAUCACGUGAGACAUCGUAAUCGCUCGUGUACGAACGAGUUAAUGGCACUUCCUAAUGAUCGAAACUUGGUGCUUUCUAGCGCCAGUUACCUUAACCCACGGAAGGAUACCAUUAACCCAUGGAAAGAUCACGUUAACCCAUGGAAGGAUCCCAUUAACUCAAGGAAGGAUCUCUUUCACCCAUGGAAGAGUCCCAUUCACCCAUGGAAGGAUCUCAUUCACCCAUGGAAGGAUCUCAUUCACCUAUGGAAGGGUCUCUUUCACCCAUGGAAGGAUCUCAUUCAUCUAUGGAAGGAUCACAGUUACCGACAUGUCAGUUUUAUUUACCCCUGUGAGGAUAUCUAUUGUCUCCUAUCUUACCAUGUGAGGGACUCGUCUACAGUGUUCAGGACCAGCAAGCAUCGACGUCUACUCUUCUGGUAAUGAGUCGUCAUAGUAUCCUCACUGGUACGGCUUUCAUCACAGGCUGGAUGGUGCAGCCAGGACCAGAGGCAGAGGAUUUCAAGCCCCUUUGCAUCUAUGUUAGCGGAGAUUCACUAUAUUUGCGUCUACGUUGUCACUGACUCACUAUCCUGGCAUCUGCAAUAAUGGAGGCUCAUUAUCUUUGCGUCUACAGUCUGCUGUCUUUGUAUCAUCAGUAGAGGAGACUUUCAUCUUGCCGGGAGUGAUGAGAUGCCGGCCAGGAAUGACAGGAAACUCUCUGAGUGUUUUAACAUGUCAAUAAAAUACAGGAAAAGCUUUUAAGGUUUUUUAUU